GCAAAACAGUUGGAUAUAUUAAUUAUUUAUCCGCUAUUUAGUUUAUACCUCUCGUUUCUUUUAGAAGGAAAGGUUUAAUUAUUUUACAUGAUAAUGCAUGGUUAGUAGGGACAGGUGUGAGAUCCUUUUGAUGUUGGGUUUAGAUAAGAAUGGUUGCGACCACCUCUUUUUGCUCUUUCAAGAGUGUUAUGUUCAAAUCUCCAAAGCGUCUGUCUAUUUUGCUCUUGUCUAGCCAAUAAUCUCAGUUUUCCUAACCUAAUUUUGCAUCUUUCAAUUGCUUUUGAGUUUUCACAUAAAUGACUCUAGUUUCUCUUUACCUCAAAACGUUACGAGAAUAAAAUCACUAGAAAAGCUACUUUUAUAUCCAGAAGAUUAUAACAUAAUUGAUCACAGGUUUCAAUACCAACUUCUAGACAAGUAUAAAACAUUUCAGACAAAGCUCACAUCUAUAUAUAAUACGGCUCAGAACAGUUUAUUAUUCCUGAUAGAAGCAAACAACAAAUGGGUGUGCUCUUUAAGUAUAAGUCGUCGCAGUUGUUGCAUUGAUACCUCUCCUCUAGGCUCUAGCUUGUUGUGAUUUUGCUGAACCUUCACUCUCAUGGCCAGCUCUUUCUUACUCUGUUUUUGUUCUCUCUUGAACGUCUCUAUUUUGCUCUUAGACACUCACUCUGUUUUAAUUCCGACGUCUCUCUCUGUUUUGCUUGUGUUUCACACUCUCUCUCUCUCUCUUUACUCUCUUUGUAUUUGUUCAUUCUUGUAAAGAAAAGAGAGAAUACUUUUAUGUCUACAUUGUUAACCUUUUCUCAUUAAUCUUAAACAUACAAACUUACACAGUCGCACAACACAAACCCGGCUAGAUAUACAUCCAUGGAUGCUUAAUAAGCACACACACACACACAAUCAAAGCCAUAUACAUAAACACAGAUUCGACGACGACGAUAAGCAGUCUUGGAAAAAGAAAAUCUUGGAUUAUCUCAAAUAUCCUUUUUUCUAAAAAGGAAAGACUCGUAAAAAAGGAAAAAGUGAUUUUCUUAAUAGUAUCAGAUAUUACCGUUGUUAAAAAUAUAUUAGAUAUUACCGGUCAAAACGAGUAUAAAUAUAUAUCCAAAGAGCACUCGUACUAUCUCAUACAACAACAAAAAAAUAAUCCCACGCUGCUUUUCGAGUUCUAACAAGACGCUGGGGUGUUUCGCAAGAAAAAUAAUAUGUCGAGCCUCCCGUCGAAGAAAAGUCUUGACGAUCUCUACACUCGAUUUGUUGUGAACGGCCCCGAGGAAGAAAAACAGUCUAUGAAUCGACUAAUGUUUCUUGUAGAGAGUGCUCACUGGUACUACGAAGAUAACGUUGUCGAAAACGACAAAACCCUAAAGUCGCUGUCCUUUGGAGAGUUUACUCGUCUCUUAUUCAACAACUCCGAUGUGUUGAGACCUCACGUUGCAAACAUGGAUAAGAUAUUCAGAGACUUUGGUUAUUACAAGUCUCGAAUCCCGGUCGCUGGUGCGAUUAUAUUGGACGAGACAUGCGAGCGUUGCUUGCUGGUCAAGGGAUGGAAAAAAUCAUCGAACUGGAGCUUUCCACGAGGGAAGAAGAAUACGAACGAAGAAGAUGAUGUUUGUGCUAUACGAGAGGUCCUCGAGGAGACAGGGUUUGAUGUCUCGAAGCUGCUUAAGAAAGAAGAAUACAUCGAGAUUACAUUCCAAGGAAAGAAGAGAGUGAGGCUUUACGUUGUGGUCGGUGUGAGAGAUGAUACAGCUUUUGCACCGCUAACGAAGAAGGAGAUUAGUCAAAUCUCAUGGUUUCGGCUUGAUGGGCUUGAAAGUGGAUUCGCUGGUCUCAAGUUGUUUGAGGUUGCACCUUUUCUAGCAUCCUUGAAGUCGUGGAUAUCAAAGCACAUGUCUCCUCUGAGCAUUGACAAGCACCUUAAACCACCACUCUGCGUGUGGACUACAACAAGGAAGACAAGGACAAAAAUAACAGUAACAUCAACGGAAAGAAGAUGCAAUGUAAAACCUUGGAAACAGUCUCUAAAGGUCAACAAGUCAGCAAUCUUGCAGGCCUUGGGAAUUUGUUCUUGAGUAGAGUCAGUCAAAGGGUGUGGUCGGAUUGUAGAGCAAAAUAGUACAUGAUAUCUACUUUUCCUAUUUGGUUUGUUGUACAUGAUUAUAUUGUAUAUCCAGUAGUAAAUGAAACCAAGCUUUAUUCUUUAUUUUUAAAGACGUUUUUCUUAUUAAUUUCAGAGCAAGUAACAGAAAUAUACAUACAAACUAUAAUAUAGAUGCUUCUAUGGAGAAUAAAACUUAGUUAUGUACAAUCAAAGACCUUUUAUCUUCAUUGCGUGGAGCAAAGCUAGCUUAAAAGAGAAACGAACUUACUGUGUCUAUACAAGUUUGUUGUUGCUACCUUUUAGUGUAUAACUUUUUCGCAGACAAUCUGAAUUACAAAGGCGAUCCGCAGAGGCAAAUAUGACGGGUUAAUGUACAUUGUACAUAUUUCAUGCUCAGAAUAGGAUAUGAUGCAAUGCUUGUUUUGGAGUUAAUUCUAAUGCGGUUUUGAAGUAUACUCUUGAUGCUAAGCCCAUGAUGCUAUAUACUAAAAACGGUGAAGGUGGGAUACGUUGGUGAAGGUACUAGAAUUUGUUUUAGAAAACUAAAAAUCUGGCAGAUUCAGGUUUCGAACCUAUGACCCUUGCGUUUAUUAGCACGACGCACUAACAAUCUGAGCUAAUAUUCAGGUUUCGAACCUAUGAACCUAUGAUUAAAAGAAACUCUCCAAGGGAAGGAACUACUCUAGUGAUAAGUCCCACAAAGGUAGUAUCAUCAAACUUAACUCAAACAGAACAUCUAAAACCUUCUUUGUGAGAAAGAUGUUAACUGUCUUCUUCAAUGAUCUCACAGAUAAGAAAGACAGAGAUUCAAAGAAGGAAAGAAGCAAAAAGAGAAGGUGCUUAACCGAUAACCUUAAAACAGAUGGUGCCAUGUCUUUUAUAGCUUUUAUUAACAUUAACCAUGUUGAGUUUGCAGCAUUAUUCAUCCUCAGAGUCUUCAUCUAGCAGCGAUGAAGAAGAAUCUAGAAAGUCAAGAUCGAGUUCUAAAAGAUCAAAGAAAGAGAAGAAGCACAAGUCCAGCAGAGACAAACACUCUAGCAAAAACUAAAGAGGAAACCGAUGGCCCUGUACCACUCUCUAGAUUCUUUGGCAAUCCAAAGAGUUGAACAAACAUGCAAAAAAAAACCACUGCAAGAGUUAUUGAAUAUCUUCCUCAAUCAAAAUACUCAAAUUAGGAUAUUGUUUGUUUUCUUCGUUGUUGCAAUGUAUUAUUAUUAUUUGUUGGAUUGAAAGUUAAUAAUAAUUCCCACAUAA